ACUCCGACAUACGCUCUCAGACUCAUACGCACUGCUCUAGAGACGCUGACUACUCUUCAGAGACAUGUCUUUCCUCUCAGGCAUUUUGGGUGACUCGGCUGACAAAUAUGUGGACCAGGCAGUGGAUACGGCAGCUAAAGUGGCCAAAGAUAAGGUGAAGAGCAUGCUUGGAGGGGAUGAUUCAAAGAAGGAGGAGUCCAGCGGGGGCAGCAGUGGGGGUAUUGGAGGAUUGUUUGGAGGAUCAAAGGAUGACGACAAGGGCAAAGAGGGAGGCGGCUUCGGAAGUCUCUUCUCUGGCAAGGAUGAGAAAGAAGAGUCAAGUACUGGAGCAGGUGGGGCCGGAGGAGGUAACAGAGACCUGACAGACACACUGGGAGACAUUGCAGGAGAGAUGUCUGGCGAGAGUGAUGACAAAUCUAAGGACAACAGCGCCGCAGACCAAGUUCUGUCAUUUGGGAAAAGUCUCUUCGGCUGAGUCAGACUUUGAAGCGGUUUCUCUUCCUCUCACUGUCAGUCAAUCUGAAAGACCUCUGGUUAUAGCCUAUGUAGAAUAUAUUAUUUUAUCGUCAAUCUAUUACUGUCACUACAUUACAUUGUGUAAUGUUAAUGUUAUGUAUUAUAUUUGAAAAAUAAAUAAAAAUGUAUAUUCCAAAA